AUGCCACGCCUGCGAGGGACUAAAUAUUUGACCUGCUUUUAUUGCGGCAAGCGAUCAAAUACUAAAUAUGACGGCAUCACACGCCAGUUUCUAUGCCUGUCAUGCGAUGCGACAAACUACCUCGACCAUAAUGGAGAGAUUACGGACCCUCCAGUAGCUACCGACCGUGAAGCUCCCGCGACACUAUACGCCAAUCCCCGACCAUCCUCUCCCUCGCUCCCUCAAGACAGCAUCUUUUGCAAAACAUGCCUUAAGAAUCAGCGACUCUUUACCUCAUCCCUGGCACAAUACUUGCCCGACGAUCCAAACCAUCCGGAAUAUGCCGAACUCGAGCGCAAUUACUACCGAUAUCGAAAGGGGUUGGAGGAGCGAUACCCCCAAGUCUGUGACGAAUGCGCCGUUAGAGUGGAUGGGCAGAUUAAAAGAGCGGGAUACACAGCCAAGACAGACCAUCUCCGGCGGAUGAUGGAGAAGAGCAGGGGACGAAAGAGCACUUCUGACAGGAGUAGUGCCCUGAAUUGGCUCGACAGUCUGGGCAGGGCAUUGUGGUGGGGAGGAUUGACUAUGCAAAUGUUUUGGCAUCUUCGAGCUGUCACGUUCGCGCUGCAGCACCAAGACGUUGGAAUGUAUGAUCCUGAUGAUCAAAGUUGGUCAGUGAUGGCUGUAACUGGGUUGUCUCGGGCUGUCGAUUUCCUCCCCCCAGCAGACCUCUUGAUCAACACUGCUGUUCUCGCAAGCAUACUAUCGGCAUGGUGGAAUCCUCAGUUUGUACAGGUCGUCCGUGGAUUCUCUAGACAUCUACUAGGCUUUACACAGUGGUACUCUUUCCAGGGGCUGAUCGUCUUCUUCCGGUUCCUAUUUCGUCGGGUUCUUGAAAUGGAUGGAGGCCACGCGCAGUCACGUAACGCCCAACUUAGUGCGCACCUGGUCAUGUCGGCCGUGAUGGUCAUGAUAUACUCCUCUGCGAAAAGAUCUAUCAAAGUCGAUACAACACCCCUUUUUGGGAGCAGUGCCGACACUGCAUUUUCGCCAAAACAGCCUAAACUCACCCGAGUGAAGAGGGAAGAGCCAAAGACGUUUUCCGAUCUCUUGAACGAAGCGCUGGAUUCACCCACACAGGCUCCUCAGACUGACCGGUCACAACGAUCCUAUGCCAGCUCGUUUUCGCCGCAACGAUAUGUACCCAGCAGUCCACUACGCCCCGCGGAAAGUCCCUUCAAUCGAUUCAACAGUCUCAAUGUCACGCCGCAAAGGACACAGGAAGUUGGAGCCUCGGACGAGAUGGAUUGGACACCCACCGAGUCCCAGAUCAAGCCACAGUCGCAAUUCCGAGCCUUUCAAGAUUCGCCAAUCACAAAUGGACCGAGAAGACCCUUUGGCGAGUCGCCGGUGAACAACAACCCAAGUCCAUUCUGGUACAAAGUUCCUGUUGCUCCAACGACCCCAGCUCAACGUUUGCGAAAUCCACCUAAUGCGCCUAUCAUAAGGAGUAAGCCAGUAGAGCAAGAAAGCAUCUUCUUCCGCGGUGCUGCUAGGAAGAAGGACGAAAAUGAGGAAGAUGAGCGCGAAGUUGCUUUCAAACCACCUAGCUUCUUCGCGCCUCAGGAAAGUCACGAUGAGGCAAACGGGUUGGCGGAUCUUUUAAGCCAGAGCUUCAGUCUAGGCCAAGAGUAUAGUGAGUCUGACCAAGGAUCAGCAACACGCCCGUCUAGUUCUCACGCCCCCGGGACUCCCCAAUUUGAAAGGCUUGGUGUCGAGUUUAUUACUAUCGUCGUUUUGCUCGUUCUUUGGGGUCUGACAGCCGCAUUCCCACUGCCUUUUGGUCGGGAGGUGCAACUUGCACUGUUGUCUGCAGCGGGAAUCAUCGCUCUACGAGUAACAGGCGAAGCGGGUCAAGAAGCAGGAGAUCGAAGAGCCCCGAGUGCGGCGACAUACGUGAGCUCCGCAUUGAGUGUGUUUGAGCUGACAGCAGUAUGCUGGCUUGGCUGGGAGACAUGGCAGGGAAACACAGAAGGUGGGAAAUAUGGUGUGGGAGUUUUGACGGCCAUGCUGGGCCAUCAGGUAUGGAGUAGUUCGAUCUGA